UGACCUGUCACGUUAAGCUCCGCCCUUCUUUCACAGCGUUCUCUCACAUACGCCGUCGAGCUCAUCCUGGUCCAGGGAGUGCUGCACCGAAAGAGAACAAUGGGAGUUGAAGUCGAGACCAUUCGGCCUGGAGAUGGAAAGACCUUUCCGCAGAGAGGAAAGACUGUCUCCGUGCACUACGUUGGCACGCUUACCAACGGGAAGAAAUUCGACUCCUCCAGGGACCGGGGAGAGCCGUUCAUGUUCAAGCUGGGAGCCGGAGAAGUCAUCCGUGGCUGGGAUGAAGGCGUUGCUCAGAUGAGUCUGGGCCAGCUGGCCAAACUGACCUGCUCUCCGGAUUACGCGUACGGCAGCAAAGGUUAUCCGCCCAUCAUCCCUGCAAACUCUACCCUCAUCUUUGAAGUGGAGCUCCUGAAAUGCUGAGUUUUUACACUGAAUGUUAUUCCUGAGUAUAAUGCAUUUCUUUUUUUUUUUUCUUUUUUUUUUUCUUUUUUUUUUCUCUUUCCACGUCCAUCACAAAUUACUUGUUGGAAACACGUGAUCAGAAGCCUAACUCUUGGGUUAACAAUUAAUAACGCACAAUUGCCACCAUGCUAAUGACGAUUGUGCUGUAUUGGUGCUAAACUAAUUCUCAGGCCCAUGACCUUGAAAUGAACGUUGGCCCGAUCUGGGUACAUGAAUCGUUUCUUCCUGAAAGUGGAAUAACAUUGUCAUUGCCAGUUUAUCAGCUAAAAAUGAAAGAUUAGAAAUAAAAGGCCCUGUAUUAGUAAGUUGGACCAUGCUCGGGUUUAUUUUGGGCUAUCAUCCUAGUCAAAACCCCACCAGGAAUAUAUCGUGUUUAUAUCUUGUGCAUUUUAGACAAUGUGAUGCUGGCAGCUUAAUUUCAAGGCAUUUUGAUCUUCUAUCACAAAACCUAACACAUACAUUUGUCCCCCAAAUGUGGUGUCAACUGUGCAGAAUCAAUACAGCCUUUAAGUAAAAGCUGUAAGUUUACUUUUACAAUCUAUAUAUUCUCUGGUCCUUUACGUUUUGCUUUACGCAUCAAGUGUUCGAAACAACGGAAUGCUUUAAAGCCAGAAUAUAACGUUGUUUUCAAAUUGAAGGAUUCGAAUUGGUUCCAAAAACCUGAAUUUUUACCUGAUCGGUUCUGCUUUUGAUUCAAGGAAACUUGAUUCCUUCACUCGUGCAUGUUAAAUUAAAUCCACUAAAAGCACAUGGUGAAGUGUGAGUGGCACUAGACACGAUGGUCUUCUCAGCAAAGCUGUUUUUUUUUGUUUAGUUUUCUUCAGUGUUUUAAAAGUAGUGUAUUAGUGAUGCUAAAAUGACCUUGUUAACAUCCCUAGUAAAAAGCCUGGUACCUUGCAUCUUUUUCUCCCUGCAGUAGAUUUUUAACUUGCACAUUAAAGUGAUGACACAAUGAGGAAAAAAAACUGAAGCUUGUCAUUUAAAUUGGUUGCCUUCUGUGUUGGCAUUUAUUUUUGUUCAGUUUAACGGAAAUUACAUUCCUUAGACAUUUAUAGUCAGCUUUUAGACCCAAAGUGUCCUUGUGUUAUGCCAUGAUAAAAUUUGCAAUGCUUUUUUUUUCUUCUUCUUCUUUCUCCCCUCUUGCGUGUAAUCCAUCAAGUCUGAUUAAAACCAGAAUACAGAAAAAUG